GGCUGCAGGCUGCCACAACACUUUGAUAUGACCAAAGUCCAGAGCACCGAUCGCGGGUAUACUAUUCUGGGACUCUGUGAAACAGCGAGUAUCGUGAGACGUCUGUUAAGCUUCCUCCGUACGUCACAUUGAUGGAUCGUAAUGUCCCACUAUAUAGAUGGAAGGCCCAUCGAGCCUCACUCAUGCCGUGGUGGCGAAACAUAGUCGUACUGCCAUGCUCACUGACACACACAUAUUGCACUAUCGGACCACCGCGGUUUAUCUUCGACCACAAGCAGUUACGUCCUCCUUAUGGUACUCCUUGAAUAACCGGUGCCGAGCCGCGAUCGUCAUAAGCGAUGGCGCAAUCAUUAAGACAUGCUCACCCCACGAAGGUUUUGCUUUGCAUUUUUCCUUCGGCAUCUGUCCGACUGCCAAGCUGUCAAGAACUUUUUCAAAAACACACUCGUUUUGAACAUCAAAAGAAAUCAGCAAGGGUGCUUACGCAGCAAACAGCCACUAGUGACCGCUGUGAGAUCGGCAUCUCUAUAUUCCGGCACACGACACACACACACAUCUCGGACAUAUAGCGCACCUCCGGGAUUCUCGACCCCGUUCAUUUGCAUACUGCCGAGGAAACAUUAUCCCGAGUGCGCGCAAACCCCUGCGGAUUUCGACAGUCUGCCGUCAUAAUAGUAGCUGCUGAUUACAAGUAAAAUGAUUCGUCGUGAUGUGUCCUUCAGCUCACGGGCUGAUCUGUGCAUGGACUUUUGAACAACCAACCGACGAUCGCG